CAGCACUGCAACUUCCUUCCAGCUCUCUGUUAGAGGAAGUGAAACCACUGAGACAUAUUUUUGCGUUCUGAGGUGCCAAAGUAAAAUGAAGCGCUUCGGGCAGAGGAGAAAGGUGGCUGUUAUGGAGAGAGAGAGGAAAGCGUGUCUGCUCCGUGAUCAUUUCUGACUGCAAAGGGAGUGAUAAAGCAUGUGCUACGUUUAGCAGAGUAAAUAAGAGUUGUUUUUCCUCGGAUAUACCGUCCUCCGCAUUGACAAUUGCAGUUCCAUUUGCAGAACAAUGGCCACAGAUGUCUUCAAUUCGAAAAGCUUGGCCAUUCAGGCCCAGAAGAAGAUCCUUGGGAAAAUGGUAUCCAAGUCAAUAGCAACUACUUUAAUAGAUGAUACCAGCAGCGAUGUUUUAGAUGAGCUCUACAGGGUGACGAAGGAGUACACGCAAAAUAAAAAAGAAGCUGAGAAGAUCAUUAAAAAUCUCAUUAAAAUAGUCCUCAAAUUGGCAAUUCUCUACAGGAACAAUCAGUUUAAUCAAGAUGAAAUUGCACUGAUGGAGAAAUUCAAGAAGAAAGUUCAUCAGCUGGCGAAGACGGUGGUCAGUUUCCAUCAGGUGGAUUAUACCUUUGACAGAAAUUUUUUGUCCAAACUGUUGAAUGACUGUAGAGAGCUGCUUCAUCAGAUCAUUCAGCGUCACCUAACUGCGAAAUCGCAUGGACGUGUCAACAAUGUGUUUGAUCACUUCUCUGAUUGUGAAUUUUUGGCUGCUUUGUAUAAUCCCUUUGGACCUUAUAAACUUCAUUUGCAGAAACUCUGUGAUGGUGUCAACAGAAUGCUAGAUGAGGGGAACAUAUAGGCACCUGUGCUAAAGUUGACUGCCCGUGUGUUAUUUGUAGAUGGAACACUGUUGAUUUAUGAAGGAAUAAGGGAGCAUGAAAAUGGGGAUUUUUUUUUUGUAUUGUGACAAAUAUUUCAAAAUAAUCUUUAUUAAACUGAUUACUUCUUA